AUGUUUCCGAGGCGGAGGAGAGCCAGGCGGAAGGGCCCCGGCGAGCUCAGCGUGCAGAUUGGCAUCGAAGAAGCCCUCCCCGACAUCGGCGCCGACGUUCUGUCAAUGUCGCAGCAUAUCCCAGGGCUCCAGAUCCCCAUUCUGCAACUAGGUGACUUGGUGAUUUCUGUUGAGACAGCCCGACGCCAAGCAGAAGAAAGGGGCCAUGCACUUCUUGAUGAGAUAAGAAUCCUCAUGGAUCUUAUUUCUAAUUAUGUAUGGUCUGUGGAGACACAAGUAUUAAUUACUCCGUCUCAGAAGAUAGAAUUAUUUGUUACCUUUCCUCAUGUUUUGCUUCAGAUAGUUGCACUCAAGCAAACAAUAUCCUCGUAG